AUGUCAGUAGUUGAUUAUGAGUUUGGGAACGAUGGAAAGAGGCGUAUCGAUCUGCGUAAGCACCACGAGCGGUCUACGCACCGCAAGGCGCCCAAGAGCGACAACGUCUACCUGAAGCUCUUGGUGAAGCUUUACCGCUUCCUGGCCCGCCGCACCGAUGCGCCCUUCAACAAGGUUGUCCUGCGUCGCCUCUUCAUGAGCCGCAUCAACCGCCCUCCCAUCUCGCUGUCCCGCAUCGCGGCCAACCUCAAGAACGGCAACGAGAACAAGACGGUGGUCGUCGUUGGCACUGUCACCGAUGACAACCGCCUCCUGACUGUCCCCAAGAUGUCGGUUGCCGCCCUCCGCGUCACCGCCACUGCCCGUGCUCGCAUCACCGCUGCCGGCGGCCAGGUCAUCACCCUCGACCAGCUGGCCCUCGAGAAGCCCACGGGUGCCAACACCCUGCUGCUCCGCGGCCCCAAGAACGCCCGCGAGGCCGUCAAGCACUUUGGCUUCGGUCCCCACAAGAACAAGAAGCCCUAUGUCCGUUCCAAGGGCCGCAAGUUCGAGCGUGCCCGUGGCCGCAGGAGGUCGCGUGGCUUCAAGGUCUAA